AUGGGCUCCGCACCUCUGCUUCUAACACAGGCGGAGCGUGAGCGGGAGCGUGACGUUAUCCCUUUCCACCCGCUCUCGCUCGAUAUCCCUGUCCUCGACGCUUCACCUCAUACCCUGCCGCCGCCAUCACAUUGUCCGCGACCUUCCAGCGAUGCCGUGCUCACAGCCAUCGCCCAGCUCGCUGCCCUGCGCCUGGGGGCUCGGCGUGCCCUGAUCUCGCUGAUUGACAGCCGUGCCCACGAGGCCCUAUGGCUCGGCUGCGCCACCAUCCCCAGAGAGUGCGGCUUGUGUGAGCUUGUGCUCGACGCUGGCGGCUCGGCCGUCGUCAUCAACGAUGUGCAGCACGACACGCGCUCCGCCGCCCACUCCUUCCUCAAACGCACGCCCAGCCUACGAUUCUACGCCAGCGUGCCGCUCGUCGCCCAGACGGGCUCCACCAUCGGCGCCGUAGCCGUCUUCGACGAUGCGCCACGCAGCGGGCUGGCACCGCCGCUGGUCCGCGCGCUGCACGACGUGGCUGCCGCCGCCAUGUCGUACCUCAACGCCUCGCGCGCCCUGGACAACAACUGCCGUGCCGAGCGGCUGGUCCGCGGGCUGACGUCGUUCGUCACGGGCGCCGACGACCUACAGCACCACGCCGACCUAGACAUGCCGCGCAGCCCUCCGAAUCCCACCGCCCUGUCACCACUUCCCAAUGCCUCCAACGUGCCCGUGCUGGAGAGGCCGGUUGUCAGCAGGAACUCGGACGAGCUGCCGGCGCUGCAGAACAUGAUCCUGCCCCCCGGCGCCAAACGCAUGUUCUCGCGCGCCGCCAACAUCAUGAGGGCCUCGGGCGGCUUCUCAGGCGUCAUCAUCUUCGACGCAUCCCUGGCGAAUCCGGGCGGUGCUUCUGCCCCUAGCACGCCCGCCGCUUCUCCUCCUCUCGGCCCGCCCGACAGCACCAUUGACGACGACGCCCCCGCCUCGUGCAAGAUCCUCGGUUUCGCCGAUGGCGACGCGUCUUCGAGCCGCGCGGGCACGUCGCCCAAGUCGGACUACCUCACGCUGGCCGAGUCGGACCUCAAGCGGCUGCUGAACCAAAAUCCGCACGGCAAGAUCUUCGCCUUCAACAGCGGUGCGGCGGAAAGCUCCCGCGAGGAGACUUCGAGACGCCAAGGCAGGAGACGCAAGUUCUCGGCCGCCGCCGCCAUCCUGGCCGUCGCCCAAGACGCCCGCAGCGCCGCCGUCGUGCCCCUCUGGGACUACCAGCGGCAGCGCUGGCUGGCCGGCUGCCUGUGCUGGACGACGGACGCGCGGCGCGUGCUGUCGCACGGCAGCGAUCUGCUGUACCUGCGGACCUUCGGCAACAGCGUCAUGACGGAGCUGAGCCGUCUCGACGCCCUCUCCGUCGACAGGGCCAAAUCCACCUUCAUCGAAUCCAUAUCCCACGAGCUGCGAUCGCCGCUGCACGGCAUCCUCGGCGGCAUCGAGUACCUGCGCGGCACGGAGCUGGACGCGGCGCAGAGCGGCAUCGUGGCGUCGAUUGGCGUGUGCGGCCGCACGCUGCUCGACACGGUCAGGAACGUGCUGGAGUACUCCAAGAUCAACGAGAACCUGGGCUCUUCGCCGUGGAGGCGCCACCACCACCAUGCAAUGUCCACCGCGACGACGCCCACGGCCGACAUCCGCCAGCUGACCGAGGAGACGGUCGAGGCCGUGUUUGCCGGCCAUUCGUACAGCGUGUUGUCGGCGACCCAGGCCGAGGACGGCGGCGAUGAACCGUUCAUGCGUAUCGGCAGCCACGACAUGCCGUCGUCCCCGACGGGUCCCCCCGUUCGCAGGGCGAUCCGGAUCAUUCUCGACAUGCCCGAGAACCGGCCGUGGCAUUUGGCGUUGCAACCAGGCAUCUGGCGCCGCAUCGUCAUGAACGUGUUCGGCAACGCCCUCAAGUUCACCCACACCGGCUUCAUCCGCGUCUCGCUUUCUGCUACCGACAUGGGCGAAUCCGAGACGAGGGUGUCGCUCACCGUGGCCGACUCGGGGGCUGGAAUGUCGCCCCAGUUCCUAAGCGAUGGCUUGUUCAAACCCUUUUCACAGGAGAACCCCUUCGUGCCUGGAACUGGGCUCGGUAUGAGCAUCGUGCGCCGCCUCGUCGACAGUCUCGGGGGCAGCAUCAGCGUACAGAGCCAGCAGAAUGUGGGGACCGAGAUUCGCAUCACCGCCACUCUCCGAAAGCGCGUUUGCAGAGGCGAGAACGUCAUCUCCGCCAUUGCAGCACGGCUGCAGGGCACACGCAUAUGCAUUCCAGACGGACUCGCGUCCAAUAACCACGCAGCCCCGGCUGCCGUGGUUCGCGGGGAACGCUACUUUGUCGAAUCCAUCACUCAAUCGCUCCGCGAAUGCUUUGGGGUCCACGUCAGCACCGACGUCGAUCCAGAUGGCGAUCAACUCGUCGUAUACCCCGGCCCUGACAUGACAUGCAUGUCCAAGUCACGGCCGCACAAGGGCAUGUCCGUCAUUGUCGCAUUGGACGCUCUUGAGGCCGCAACGCUGCGGACCGACGCAAGGAUCGCCGGAGGCUGCGUCGAAGUCGUCACUCAACCAUGUGGCCCGUACAAACUAGCACGAAUCCUCGAGCGCUACCUCAACCGCUGCCAACCCGCAGCAUCCCAACCUACUCAGACGAGCGUGCUACCGCUCAGCCACCCCAGACCGAGCACCCCCACCACCACCACCGAUCCCGCGCGCCCCCCACAUCCCCCUUGGCCCCUCGCCCGCCUCCCAACCUUCCGCCCAACCCCCACAACACCCGACCCUCUGUCCCCUCCCCGCCGUGCCUCGAUCCCGCACCUCCUCUCCUCCUCCACCUCCACCGACUCCGUCCCGCGCCACCGCCAGCGCCACCAUCAUCCGCCCUCCACCGCCACCACCACCUCCGCCCUCCCCCCCAAACCUCGCUCCAGAUCCGCCUCUACCACCUCCACUCCUCGCCACCGCAAACCCGAGAUCCUCAUCGUCGACGACAACCCGCUCAACGUGCGCCUGUUAUCCGCGUUCCUGACUAAACACGGUUUCCCGGACCACGUCGCGGCGCCGAACGGGCUGGAGGCGGUGCGGCUGUUCAAGGCUGAGCCGCGGCGGUGGGCGGCGAUACUGAUGGAUUUGAGCAUGCCGGUCAUGGACGGCGCGACGGCGACGAGGGAGAUUCGGGCGUGGGAGCGAUACCUGGCAGCAGCAGCGAGGGCGAGGAAGGGCGGGGGGGCUGGGGCUGGCGGACUGGUGGUGGUCGACGGCGAGGGGACGCGGGAUUCUGCUGUGGCGGUGAUCAGCGGGUGCGAACAGUCCUCUUCUUCUUCUCGAAGCCGAGAGGAGUUGGAGGACAAACGACAGCAGCAACAACAGCACUACUCAGCUCCGUCAAUUCGGCCGAACGGGAUCGUGGGUCAGCAGCCCGACGCUGACGCUGACGCUGGCGUGCAGAUAAUCGUUACGACCGGCCUCGGCAGCGCUACGGCGCGGUUUGAGGCCCUCAGUGCGGGUGCGGACGAGUACAUGACGAAGCCGAUACAGUUUGGGACGCUGAUGAAGAUGCUGAAUAAGCGCUUCGAGGAUAGGGGGACGGCGGCGGCGGCGCCGCGGCGUAGCUAA